UGAUUUCUUCAUAAUUAUAUCGCUCUCCCAGAGAAAAUACACAUCUUUAUCUAUAAACACCCUUUAAUUUGCAUUUCUUUACCAGAAAGAGAGAUUAUGGGAUUUUUUGAAGUUUUUCUCGUUUCAAUGGUCUUAACGGCCGCCGGACGUCCGGUAUCGGCGGCGAGGGAUAUAGCCGGCGGGAUGAAAACGACGGAGUACAUUAAAGUAUCAUGCGAGGGAACACCGUAUCCGGAGCUAUGCUCCUCCACUCUAUCAAAGAACGAGAGGGAGAUCGGAAAGGAUACGGCGCUUCUAGUCCACACGGCGAUCAACGCCGCCCUCGAACUCGCCCGCUCGCUCUCCGGCAAGGUGGCCGACGUGGCUCACAACAAAACCUUGCCGCCGGAGGCGGCCACCGACACGAGCAAUUGCGUGGACGAGAUAAACGACUCGAUCCACAAACUCAAAAUGUCGUUAGUGGAAAUGAAGCAAUUAAAAUGCCCCGGAUUCGACGAUAAAAUUUAUUAUAUUCAUAAAUUAGUUACAACCGCCUUGAUCGACGAUGAUCGGUGCACAAACGGGCUAAACGACACGGGCUUAAACGUCCCGGCGGUUAAGGAACAGAUUUCCACGGCGGCGCAUAUGACGCUCAACGCCUUAACCCUAAUCAACAAAUUCGCCGACACCGGAUACAUCGGCCGGAAAAACAUCGACUUCGUCAAAACCUCGUGCGACAAAACGCCGUACCCCAACAUCUGCUACGCCAGCAUCGUAACCGUCGCCUGCGAAAUUUCCGGAGAUCCGAAACUGCUCGCGAAGAACGCCAUAGCCUUAACGCAACGAACCACCGAAUUUACCGUCAACAGAAUGGGCGAAAUCGCCGGAAAAAUCGGGCUGAGCCCUAAAGAGAACAUGUCAAUCCACGUCUGCGAAGAUCUCUCGCACAAAUCCAUCGGUUAUAUGCAAGAUACCUUAACAAAUCUGGAAACGCUUAACCAGCAAAAAGGCGCCGAUUUGAAGACGAUCAUCGACGACAUUAAGGAAUGGCUGAAAUCCGUGAAGAGCAACUUCGAAUCGUGCAUUGAAGAGCUCGUGAGGGAGAAGAUAAACACUAAAGUGACGGAACAAGUGACGCAGUUGAUGCGCGAGGAAGAGCCGUAUUCAGAGAUCGCCUUGGCUUUGUUCAGUAGCUACGCCGCCGGGGUUCAUGGCGGAACGUAACUGUACGUUUCAGUUGUUUUGAUCUAAACAUCGUUGUUGUUUAUCGUCGAACCAGAGAAUAAGUUGGGCUUGCUAAGAAUAAAAUUUUAAGAUUGAAGUUGAGGUAGUAUAUAUGAUAUAGUUUAGUAUUUAAUUAUCAUGCAAACGAAAAGAUAAAUUGUUAUUCUAGCUAUUGAGUCACGUUUAGAAUCAAUCGCUGACCAAGCUCAGCAUGCAUUGCCGUCAGUAGUAUAAUCAUCUCGUCAAAGUCAAAUAAAAUAUCAAGAAUUUUUGCAAAA